AUGCCACCACGAAGGGAUCUCGGGGAGAGUUCUAGCUCCAAUCUCGUGGAAAGGGAUCAGGAGCAAGUUGAGGAAGAUGUCUUGUUGCGUGUUUUAGUCCCACCAAGUGGGGGACAAGCGAGGGGAACUAACGAGCCGCUUCCUCAGAUAAGUGAGGUUGUGCCACCACCGGCACCACCUCCAGAGAAAAGUGAGUCAGUAAAGACUCUUUACCACAUUGCAGAGUUUGUGAAGUUGAUGCUGACUUUGUUUAAGGGCGGCCCAGAUCCACUUGUUGUGGACAAUUUUAUGGAAAGGGUAGAGAAGCAUUUGAAUGCUAUGAACUUGGUGUCGGACAGGUUAAAGAUCAUUUUAGCUACUUACAAUUUUACAGGUGAUGCUAAGAUUUGGUGGAAGACCGUUUCUCACAUCCACAAUUUGGACACAAUGACCUAUGAUGCAUUCAAGAAGUUGUAUUAUGAGAAAUACUUUCUGGCACCUAAGUGGAGAGAAUUAAAGAAAGAGUUCGAUGUGAGAAAAACCUUAGUGGUUGAGGUCGAAAGCAAGGACAACAAGGCUAUUGCGGAGUCCUAUAAGCACAACGGGAGCAUGAGUGUUAUUUCCGAGGGUCAAUCACAUAAGAAGCAGAGGAAUGAACCGUCAGGAUUUAAGGGACAACAGUCAGCCAGAUUUGUACCUGCAGCUUCAGUGUCUAUCAGGUCUUCUAGUCUGAAUGUUACUUGUUUCAGAUGUGGACAGCCAGGACACUACAAGUCCCAGUGCACUCAAACUCAGACGGUGUCGAGUGGAUGCUUUGGUUGUGGCCAGCAGGGCCAUAGGGUGAGAGAUUGUCCAUGA